CGCAUCGGGCGCGAAGAAGAAGAAACAGCACUUGGAGGUAACAUGGCUGCUGCCGGGUGUGAUCACUACGUCCGCAGCUGCUUAUUGAAAGCCCCCUGUUGUGGUAAACUGUACGUGUGCCGGCUGUGCCAUGAUGCAGAGGAAAACCACCAGAUGGAUCGAUUCAAAGUCCGAGAAGUGCAGUGCUCUGGGUGUCUGACUGUGCAGCAGGCACAGCAGACUUGCCAGCAGUGUCAUCUGCAGUUCGGGGAGUAUUACUGUGACAUUUGCCACUUAUUCGACAAGGAUAAGAAGCAGUACCACUGUCUACCUUGUGGAAUAUGCAGGAUCGGCCCCAGUGAGAAAUAUUUCCAUUGUGACAAGUGCAAUCUGUGUUUAGCUCAGGAUCUACAGGGAAACCACAAGUGUGUUGAAAAUGUGUCAAGACAGAACUGCCCAGUGUGUAUGGAGGAUAUUCACACGUCCAGAAUUGGGGCUCAAGUUCUACCAUGUGGUCAUCUGUUACACAAGACCUGCUUUGAGGCCAUGGUCAGAACAGGAGCGUAUCGCUGCCCUCUGUGUAUGCACUCUGCCUGGGCCAUGGAGGACCACUGGGAACAGAUCGACGUAGAGAUCGCUCAUUCACCGAUGCCCACUGAAUACCAGGGUGCUACUGUCAAAAUUAUUUGUAACGACUGCCAAGCUCACUGCACGGUGCCUUUCCAUGUGCUGGGCAUGAAGUGCACUGGCUGUGGCUCCUACAACACGGCACAGGAGGGAGGACUCAUUCAGCAGCCUCAACCACAACAACAGCCAGAGCAGGAGGUUGAGGAUGAGGCAGACACAGACACAGAGCCCGAGCAGCAAGAUCAACCUGAGUAACUCGAGCAACAAUAUCAGUUCAACCAAAAUGACUUUGACUGGUCCCCUUCAUUGUUGAAAUUAUAAUGAUUGCAACAGGUGGCAGAGCCAACAUUCUGUGAUUAUAUAUAGAGCAGUGGCCAAAAGUUGUGAGAAUGACAAAUAUAAAUGUUCACAAAGUCUGCUGCCUCAGUUUUUAUUAUGGCAAUUUGCAUAUACUCCAGAAUGCUAUGAAGAGUGAUCAGAUGAAUUGCAAUUAAUUGCAAUUAAUUGCAAUGUCCCUCUUUGCCAUGAAAAUGAAGUUGAAUGCUGAUUGAGUCAGAAUAGCAGACUGGAAACUUUAAAAAGGAGAGGGGUGCUUGAAAUCAUUGUUCUUCGUCUGUUAACUAUGGUUACCUGCAAGGAAACGUGUGCAAUCAUCAUUACUUUGCACAAAAAGGGCUUCACAGGCCAGGAUGUUGCUGCUGGUAAGAUUGCACCUAAUCUACCAUUUAUCGGAUCAUCAGGAACUUCAAGGAGAGUGGUUCAAUUGCUAUGUAGAAGGCUUCAGGGCCCCCAACAAAGUCCAGCAUGCACCAGGGCCGUCUCUUAAAGUUGAUUCAGCUGCGGGAUCGGGGCACCACCAGUGCAGAGGUUGCUCAGGAAUGAUAGCAGGCAGGUGUGUGUGCAUCUGCACUCACAGUGAGGCGAAGACGUUUGGAGGAUGGCCUGGUGUCAAGAAGGGCAGCAAAGAAGCCACUUCUCUCCAGGAAAAACAUCAGGGACAGACUGAUAUUCUGCCAAAGGUACAUGGAUUGGACUGCUGAGGACUGGGGUAAAGUCAUUUUUUCUGAUGAAUCCCCUUUUCGAUUGUUUGGGGCAUCCGGGAAAAAAGCUUGUCUGGAGAAGAAAAGGUGAGCGUUACCAUCAGUUCUGUGUCAUGCCAACAGUAAAGCAUCCUGAGACCAGUCAUGUGUGGGGUUGCUUCUCAGCCAAGAGAAGCAACAAUUUUGCCUAAGAACACAGCCGUGAAUAAAGAAUGGUACCAAAACAUCCUCCGAGAGCAACUUCUCCCAACCAUCCAAAAACAGUUGUGACGAACAAUGCCUUUUCCAGCAUGAUGGAGCACCUUGCCAUAAGGCAUAAGUGAUAACUAAGUGGUUCGGGGAACAAAACAUCGACAUUUUGGGUCCACGGCUAAGAAACUCCCCAGACCUUAAUCCCAUUGAGAACUUGAGGUCAAUCCUCCAGAGGCAGGUGGACAAACAAAAACCUACAAGUUCUGACAAAGUCCAAGCAUUGAUUAUGCAAGAAUGGGCUGCCAUCAGUCAGGAUGUGGCCCAGAAGUUAAUUGACAGCAUGCCUGGGCGAAUUGCAGAGGUUUUGAAAAAGACGACUCAUUGCAUAAACUUAAUGUAACUGUCAAUAAAAGCCUUUGACACUUAUGAAAUGCUUGUUAUUAUACUUAUGUAUACCAUAGUAAAAUCUGACAAAAAUAUCUAAAAACACUGAAGCAGCUAACUUUGUGAAUCCAAUACUUGUGUCAUUCUCAAAACUUUUGGCCACAGCUGUAUAUAUGUAUUACAAAAAAAAUCUAUUUAUUUUCUGUAUUUCUGUAGCAUGCCUAGGACAGGAUGCCAGUCUAAGACUUUCACAUCAUCUUACACUAAAGCUGUUUUCAGGCAUGAACUAAACUCUCCUGAUAUACUCCAGAGGGGUUGUAUGUAAGAAUGCAAAUGUCUGAGUGAGAGACUGCAGACUUUCGGCUGCCAGCCCCUUAGUAAAAACUCUUGAUAAUGACGGAGUAAGUCCAUGUGAGAAUAAAGCAGGAGAUCCCCUGGAGGAUU